AUGAAGGAUAGAGCAUACUAUGCGCCAUAUUUGACUUUGAUCCCACCUAAAAAAAUGUGCGUUAUAACCAUAUUGGAACUAUUAAAGUUAAAUUCUACUGGUGGUAUAGUUGAUGGGAUGAGAACUGCAAGAGCGGUUAUAUCUGUCGGAAAAGCACUUGAAUUAGAAUAUAAAUCACAAAACUUAAUGAAAGCCGAAGGUAGAUCGCUUUCGAAAAAGUUGAAAACAACUAACCAAUGGAAAAAGAUUUUAAGACAAAGAAGAGAUUACAAUAAACAAGAUCCAAUAGCAAAUAAUGAGUGGGAUUAUCCAAUUUAUGCAAAAGUUGGAUCUGUAUUAACAUCAUUAUUGAUACAUGUUGCUACAGUUCCUGUCAAGGGUACAGAUCCAACGACAGGAAAAGAAGUAAAGGGUAUGCAACCCGCCUUCCAUCAUACCUACCAAUACCUUCAAGGUCAAAGAUUAGGUGUUUUAAAGGUACAUAAGUCUUUAGUGCGGCAAUUGGCUGGGAAUGUUUUGGGUAAUUCUGUACAACCACAAAUGUUGCCAAUGUUGGUACCUCCUCGUCCAUGGACCAGCUAUAAUGACGGGGGAUAUUUGUUUUCCCAAAACAGUUUAGUCAGAAUCAAAGAUUCUGCUGAAACAAACGCAUAUUUGAAGGCUGCUUCUGAUUUAGAUAAUUUGGAAAUUUAUGAUGGAUUAAAUGUGUUAGGUAAUACGGCAUGGACUGUGAACCGUAAUGUCUUCAAUAUUAUUUCUAAGUUCUGGAAUACAGGAGAGAAGUUUUUAGAUAUUCCACCUAUUGUUGAGGAACCUGAAUUACCGAAGCCAUUACCAAUGAAUGCCGAACCAUCUGAAAAAGCCGAUUAUCAACGUAAAGUGAGAAAGGCUAUGAAUGAAGCAGCUUCGGCAAGAUCCCAAAGAUGUGAUACCAACUACAAGUUAGAAAUUGCUAGGGGCUUCUUAGGUGAAAAGCUUUUCUUUCCUCAUAACGUCGAUUUUAGAGGUAGAGCUUAUCCAUUAUCAGCGCAUUUCAAUCAUUUAGGUAAUGAUAUGACUAGGUCAUUGUUUUUAUUUUGGGAUGGCAAAGAGCUUGGCGAAGAAGGUUUAACGUGGUUAAAGAUACAUCUAGCCAAUGUCUAUGGUAUCGAUAAAGCUCCCUUACACGAAAGAGUUCAAUUUGUUAAUGAUAAUUUGGAGAAUAUCUUCGAGUCAGCCAGAAAUCCAAUAAAUGGAAGUGGAUGGUGGAUGAAGGGGGAGAAGCCAUGGCAAGUAUUGAGUGUUUGUUUCGAAAUGAAUGAAGCUUUCCAGUUAGAUGAUCCAACUAAAUUCGUUUCACAUAUUCCUGUACAUCAAGAUGGUACUUGCAAUGGUUUACAACAUUACGCUGCUUUGGGAGGUGAUUUCGAAGGUGCACGUCAAGUGAAUUUGAUUCCAGCUGACAAACCUCAGGAUGUUUACAAGUUCGUUGCAGGGUUAGUUCAAAAGAGAGUUGAUGCCGAAGCAGAAGCAGGAAACAAAUAUGCGAUUUUCUUACAAGAUAAAAUUACUAGAAAAGUUGUUAAACAAACUGUUAUGACAAAUGUGUACGGGGUUACUUUUGUUGGUGCAGUUCUUCAGAUUCAAAAGCAAAUUGAUCAUUAUUUUGAUAAGAAUGAUACAGAAAAUGUCGAUGAAUAUGCAAGAUAUUUAACGACUCAUGUAUUUGCAUCUAUUAGAGAAUUAUUCGAAGGUGCUCAUUUAAUUCAAGAUUGGUUGGGUGAAUCUGCUAAAAGAAUUAGUAAAUCUGUCCGUAUUGACUAUGAAGAGAAGAGCUCUAAAAAUUUAAACAAACCAAGUCAUUUAUCUUCAGUUAUUUGGACCACACCAUUGGGAUUACCAUGUGUCCAACCAUACAGAGUUACGAAGAAACAAAUCAUUUCCACAAACUUGCAAGAUAUUGUUAUUUCAGAUCCUUUUGGUGCUAGUCAAGUCGAUGCUAGAAAGCAGCAAGCAGCAUUUCCACCAAAUUAUGUACAUUCCUUAGAUGCAACGCAUAUGUUGAUGACCGCCAGGGCCUGCGCAGAACUGGGAUUGUCUUUUGCAUCUGUUCAUGAUUCAUACUGGACGCAUGCAAGUGAUGUGAAUACUAUGAAUAGCCAUAUCCGUGAGCAAUUUGUAAAAUUGCACGGUGAAAACUUAAUUACAAAGAUCAGAGAUGAAUUUGAAAGACGUUAUAAAGGUUUCUUGCAGGUUAUUAUAAUACCAGGAGACCACGAAGUCGCUAAAAAAAUUAAAGACGUUAGAAGGAAUAUUGUAAAAGAUUUAGGCAGAGCUUUGACUGUUGCUGAUGAAAUUUACUUGGAAAAGAAGAGACAGCAAUUAUUAGAUUCGGAUGAUCCAAAAGUUGUAGAGAUGGGUCAGAAAAUGGUUACUACUGUCAGCGUUACGGAAGGAGUAGACAUGAAUAAGUUAGCUGUAAGUGCUGCCUCUAGGAAAGCCAUGCAAGUGUUAGCUCCUUUAAAGUUUCCUGAAAUUCCAAAGAAAGGUGAUUUAGAUGUCAGCAUCGUUAAAGACUCACCAUAUUUCUUUUCAUGA